CAGUUUUGCCUCUUCCGCUGAAUUAUCAACAUGGCUUUGAUAGUGCCAGAAAAGUUUCAGCACAUUCUUCGUAUCCUCAAUACAAAUAUUGAUGGAAGAAGAAAAGUUAUGUUCGCCAUGACUGCCAUCAAGGGUAUUGGUAGACGAUAUGCUCAUGUUGUCUGCAAGAAAGCUGAUGUAGACAUCACAAAGAGGGCUGGAGAACUCUCCGAUGAGGAGAUUGACAAAAUUAUCACCAUUAUGCAGAACCCCCGACAGUAUAAAAUCCCUGACUGGUUCCUUAACAGACAGAAGGACAUCAAGGACGGUAAAUACAGCCAGGUCAUGUCCAACUCCCUGGACAACAAACUCCGUGAGGAUCUGGAGCGACUGAAGAAGAUCCGCGCACACAGAGGUCUACGACACUACUGGGGUUUGAGAGUAAGAGGUCAGCACACGAAGACCACAGGAAGAAGAGGAAGAACUGUGGGUGUGGCCAAGAAGAAGUAAACUCUGUAUAUGUGAAUGUUAAAGUAAAAAAAAAAGACAGAAAAAACAAA